AUGCCGAUUCGCAGUCGUUGGAGUGUGGACAUACCUGAAGGGUCCCUGCCCCGAUGGGUGUUUGGCUCAUCAUUCGAACCGCUGCCCGACACGCCUCAAUUCAUUGACCCUGAGCGACCAGACACUCACUUCCUGACACUAUCUCAAUACCGGCUAUGGUCUAAACGAAUUGCGGUGGGGCUUACGGAGGCUGGGCUGAGGCCAGGCGACAGAGUUCUGCUCUUUUCCGGAAACAAACUGUUUACGCCCAUCAUCUUCAUGGGAGUGCUGAUGGCUGGCGGCGUCUUCACAGGAGCAAACCCGAGUUUCGUAGCCAGAGAGCUAGCGUACCAGCUUAAGGACAGCGGUGCCUCGUUCCUCAUUGCUGCCGAUACCAGCAUCGAGAUCGCUCUGGAAGGAGCAGCUCAGGCCGGCCUCUCCAAGCAUCGAGUCUACAGCUUCGAUUCGACAGGCUUGGACCCAACGCCAGGAAAGGCGCCAUCUGGCACAAAACACUGGACCACUUUGCUGGCACCAAUUGAAAAGGCAGAAAGAUGGGACUGGGUAGAGCCCGCAGACUCAAAAACUGCGACGUGCUGUCUAAACUAUUCAUCAGGGACCACAGGCGUGCCCAAAGGUGUCGAGAUCACGCACUACUCCUAUAUCGCCAACGGGGUAGGCGUGAUCUACACAGGGAAGCUGGCAGAGGAUUUUGACGAGGCAAACAAACGCGCUAAGCAGUUGUGCUUCCUUCCGAUGUAUCAUGCUUUCGGCCAGACAUACUUUACUUGCAACUUCCCAAAGCUGCAAGUUCCCGUCUAUAUCAUGCCGGCUUUCGACUUUGUUAAGAUGCUCGAGUACAUCCAGAAGUACCGGAUAACCACUCUCACCUGCGUUCCCCCGAUUGUUGUGGCCUUGGCAAAGCAUCCUCUGGCUCGUAAAUACGACCUCAGCUCUAUUGAAAGCAUUGGCUCAGGGGCUGCACCUCUGAGCACUGAGAUCGGUGAAGAAGUUGCGAAGCUCUGGCCCCCGGGUGCAGUCAAUAUCCGCCAGGGAUGGGGUAUGACGGAGGUAACUUGUACCUGCCUGAGCUGGGACCCCAACAGCACCUUGAAGAGCCUGGCAGUGGGAGAGAUGCAGCCCAACUGCUCAGCCAAGCUGAUGAGAUUGGAUGGUUCCGGUGAGAUUACCAAGGCGAAUGAGUCCGGUGAACUGUGGGUUUCUGGGCCGAACCUGAUGAAGGGCUACUGGAACAAGCCUGAGGCGACAGCGAACACAAUUCACAUAGAUGCGGACGGCACACGAUGGUUGAAGACGGGUGACAUUGCUUAUGUCGAGACCUACGCCCCCGGUGGACUCUGGAACGUCAUCGAUAGAUUGAAGGAACUGAUCAAGGUCAAGGGCAAUCAGGUAGCUCCGGCGGAGCUGGAAGGUGUGCUCCUUGAGAACAAAGCUGUGCUUGAUGCUGCGGUUGUGGGCGUUACGAUAAAUGGCGAAGAGCUACCUCGCGCCUACGUUGUUCCUAACCCGGCCAUCAAAGUCACGGAGAAGGAAAUCGCCUCGUGGAUGGAGAACAAAGUCAUCCGGUAUAAGUGGCUGAAAGGAGGUGUGGUCUUCGUGCCAGAAGUACCCAAGAACCCAUCCGGCAAGAUCCUACGAAAAGAGCUCAGGGAUCGAGCUGCGAAGGAGGUCGGAGACAGGAAGCCAGCAGCCUCCAAACUGGCAUAA